AUCAUUGUGGAAGAGGCGAAAGAGAUAUGGCGCAACAUGAAGAACCUGGACGGAGAUGUAGAGAAGAAAUACAAGAUAACUUCUGAUGGAUAUUUGAAACUUUGGCAGCUCAGCAAGCCUCAGCUCUCCGGAUAUGAUGCCAUUUUUGUCGACGAAGCGCAGGACUGCACUCCAGCCAUCGUGGAUAUCGUGCUGUCGCAGACAUGUGGCGUAAUCCUCGUAGGAGACCCUCACCAGCAGAUCUACACCUUCCGAGGCGCUGUCAACACCCUCUACAUGGUGCCUCACACCCACGUCUACUACCUCACCCAGAGUUUCAGAUUUGGCCCUGAAAUAGCUUACGUUGGAGCGACCAUUCUGGAUGUCUGCAAGAGGGUCAGGAAUAAGACCUUAGUGGGUGGAAACCAAAACGGUGAUGUGAGAGGCAGCAUGGGAGGGAAGAUAGCAAUCUUAUCGCGAAGCAAUUUCAGCGUGUUCGAGGACGCUGUGAAACUCACUGGAAGAGGGAGACCGAUUAAAAUACACGUGAUUGGGGGGCUCGCCCGUUUUGGCCUGAGCAAGAUUUAUGAUAUUUGGAAACUCAGUCUACCCACGGAUGAACGGAAAAAAGCAAACCUCGUUAUAAAUGACUCCUUCAUCAGAAAAUGGGAGGAAACUCAGGGCUACUUUGGUUUAAAGGAAUACGCGCAGCGCAUCGAUGACAAAGACCUGGAAGUGAAGAUUGCGAUCGUGGAGAAGCACAAAGAGCGGAUCCCUGAGCUGGUGCAGAAGAUUGAGAGCAGCCACGUGUCACGAGAAGACCUGGCAGAUUACCUCGUAGGUACCGUCCACCAAGCCAAAGGCCUGGAGUUUGACACAGUGCUGAUUGCAGAUGACUUUGCCAAAGUGCCAUGUCCCAGUGACAGUUCCCAGAGAAGAACUAACUUCAGUAUCGGCAUGUACCCUGAGGACGAAUGGAACCUGCUCUAUGUCGCAGUGACACGCGCCAAGAAGUAUUUGCUACUGUCAAAGUCCCUGGAAAACCUUUUGGUGUUGGCUGGGGAGCGUUUCCUUCGGGUAGAGCUGAUGACCGAGGCUGUGAAGAACGAGACCACCCGCACUUGUUCUGCACCACAGUGUACGAAAACUCUGCAGUCCAGCUCCAGGCUGGUGGUGAAGAAGCUCCCUUUGACUCAUAGCAAUGGCAGCAGGGAUGCGGGUGGCUACCUUUGCCACGAUUGCACGCGGCAGCGCUUCGGCCCUCUGACGCUGCUCACGUUUGUCCCAGUGCUUCAGGAACAGCCCGGCAAGCUCUGA